UUCAUCCUUAAUAUUUUUCUUUAAUCCUUUCUGAUAUUUUGACUGAAAAUUGCAUAGAAAUUCUCAAUAAAUCAUAUCCUCACUAUCCCUGUAAAUCACAGCCUGAGGUUCAGUUCAUACUUUUAAAUGCAGAGAAACUGAAUUUAAUGUUUAAGUGCAGUGAAGUGCAUGCUGCAUGUGUUUACCACUAAGUGGCACCGAUGGACUGGGCUGUGAGGAAACCUGCAAGAAAAGUGAAAGGAAAAAAAAGAAAACAAAAGUAUUUGCAAGAGUGAAUGUCUGAUGAAAUCUGAGCAGGGUCAUUCAGACUACAAAGUAAAAAGUCUUGAUUUACCCACAGUAAAUCAAGUGAAUCUUUUUAAUUAUUUCAUUGAUCGUGAUCUCAUGGCACUGUGUGUUAAAAUGGUUUGGUGAGGAUUGAGAGUGAGAGGAAGACUCCAAGUCCCACCAGCUUCACUCCUCCUCUGCCAGCACACAUCUGCUGCUGCGGAGAUGGGACACUGAUCCAGAGAGGAGUGUUUAAAGCCUUGGAGAUCGCUCUGCACAGCAUGGCUGACUGCAUCAGUGUGCUGUGAAGUGGACAAAAACCUCCCAGUCGGAGAGGAUUUAUGUUUACCUUCUGUUUGGCUGAGCUGGUGCGUUCUCUUAAACUUGGGGUGAUGUCCCAGUGCUGGUGCAGGCAGGUCCUGCUUGGUGUGGAACUGGGCAUGCUGGUGGCAGUCCUGGUGGCCGGCAGUGCAGGACAGAUCCAUGACAGGAGGGAGGCAGGGUCAUCCUGCUAUGGAGGAUUUGACCUAUACUUUGUUUUGGACAAGUCUGGCAGUGUGCAACAUCACUGGAAUGAGAUCUUUUACUUUGUUGACCACCUGGCUCACAAGUUUAUUAGUCCUCAGCUGCGUAUGUCCUUCAUUGUAUUUUCAACAGAAGGAAGGACUCUCAUGGCACUAACAGAAGACAGAGAUCAGAUUCGAGCUGGACUGGAGGAGCUGAGAAUGGUGCAGCCAGGUGGAGACACCUUCAUGCACAGAGGUUUUCAAAGAGCCAGUGAGCAAAUAUACUACGGGACUGGAGAUGGCUACCGGACAGCCAGUGUCAUCAUCGCCCUGACGGACGGUGAACUGAGAGAGAAUCAGUUUGACUUGGCCCAAAGAGAGGCCAGCAGAGCACGCCAGUUAGGUGCCACUGUGUACUGUGUUGGAGUGAAAGACUUCAAUGAAACUCAGCUUUCAACAAUAGCUGACAGUAAGGACCAUGUCUUCCCUGUGAAUGAUGGAUUUGAGGCGUUACAGGGGGUCAUUGACUCGAUCCUGAAGAGAUCCUGCAUUGAGAUCCUGGCUGUAGAGCCCUCCAGCAUCUGUGAAGGCGAAUCUUUCCAGGUGGUAGUCAAAGGAAAUGGUUUCCUUCAUGCCCGAGAUGUGCAGAAAGUUCUCUGCAGCUUUCGCAUCAAUGACACAGUGACUUUGAUGAAAAGACCUUUGGUGGUAAGAGAUAUCUACCUUCUGUGCCCAGCUCCUGUUCUGGAAAAAGUGGGAACGUCUGCCACGCUCCACGUCAGCAUGAAUAAUGGCCUGAGCUUCAUAUCAAGCUCUGUCACAAUCACUGCAGUCACCUGUUCUGAUGGGACCUUUGUGGCCAUAGCUCUGCUCAUCCUGAUGCUCCUGCUCACCAUCGCUCUGCUGUGGUGGUUCUGGCCUCUCUGCUGCACCGUGGUCAUUCAUGAGCCACCUCCACCUGUAAUAGAGGAGAACUCUGAUGACGAGGAUGGCUUUCCCAAGAAGAGGUGGCCCACAGUGGAUGCUUCGUAUUACGGAGGGCGUGGAGUCGGAGGCAUCAAGAGAAUGGAGGUCAGAUGGGGCGAUAAAGGCUCAACCGAAGAAGGUGCCAAACUGGAAAAAGCUAAGAACGCCCGAGUUGUGAUGCCCGGGGAGGAGUUCGAUCCGCCACGGCCUUACUACACCAUGCACAAAACCACCCGCCCUCAGAAGUGGUACUCUCCUAUCAAGGGAAAACUGGAUGCUUUGUGUGUUUUCCUGAGAAAAGGCUACGACAGAGUGUCUGUGAUGCGACCUCAUCCUGGAGACAAGGGCAAGUGCAUAAACUUCACCCGAAGCAAAUCCUACCCUGCUCCUCGCUAUCCCAUCUACAACCAUUCCUCCACUCCCGUCUACACCUUGCCCCACACAUACCAGCGUCGUCCAUCAGAUGACGGUCACCUCUUCCAUUUGCCACCUUCGCCAACUUCGACACUCCCCCCUCUUCCAUCUACUCCUCCCCCUUCCUCUCCUACCCCUCCCAUGUAUACACCACCUCCAAACAGGGCCCUCCCUCCAGCCAGUGUGAGCCCAGUCUCUGCACCCCCGUCUCCAACUGGACCCCUACCACCUCCACCCCAGGGUCCACCCCCAUGUAGAGCUCCCCCUCCAUCACGCCCUCCUCCACGACCCAAUCAUGAGAAUCACUGAUGACAAUGAAGAACCAAAAAGCUGAGGAGGAGGAGGAGGAAGAUUCCAAGCUCAGGAUGGAAACCUGACAAGACCUUCUCACUGUGCCUCUGUUUAAUUAAGUUCAAACAGAGUGAAAAUUAAAGUGACUGUAACGCUGGUGAUUCAAAACUUUAAGCAAUUACACCUGUGUUCCUCAACAAGCGGCUCACAUAUGAUGUGCCAUCAACUCAGACUUUUUUUUAAAGUCUAAAAAGUGAAUAUUUAGUGUAGCAAGCAAAGCUUUGGCUAUUAAAUGCUAUUUGAGCUAUGCUUUUUUUUUCCAGAAGAUUUCUUCCUAAUAUCAAGUCAGACAAAUUGGCCAAGCACUGCAAUGUGCUUUGUGCAAUGAAAAACAAUAAUCAUAAGUUUAAAGGGCAGAAGAUCCAGUGGCUCAGCAACUGUGUCAUGUGUUUUAUACAUGCAAGUUUGUAUAUUUUGCGAAUUAAUAUUCAUUAAAUCACAGAAACAUAUGGUCUACA